GCAUUCUCGGUGGAGAAUCUCUUCGUCGCAAUCUUUACCCCAAAAUUGAGACAUGUUUAUUAACUGUCAAUUCCUCUUUCUCGGACACUCACACACACUCUUUUCAGACUAAUCAAACACCAAAAACAAUUUCUUGUUGGUUGGUUCCGCUCAAUUCUGCGACCGAAAUCACAGCUUGACCUGUCGUCUAAAUAUUAUUGCAGGAUGGGAAGGGUGAAGCUCAAGAUAAAGAGGUUAGAGAGCACUAGCAACCGACAGGUGACUUAUUCGAAAAGGAGACAUGGGAUUUUGAAGAAAGCUAGGGAAUUAGCGAUACUAUGCGACAUAGAUCUUGUUCUUCUCAUGUUUUCUCCAACUGGGAAGCCUACUUUAUAUCAAGGAGAGCACAGAAAUUUUGAAGAGGUUAUUGCAAAGUUUUCGCAAUUAACACCACAGGAAAGGGCAAAAAGGAAAUUGGAGAGCCUUGAAGCACUAAAGAAAACCUUCAAGAAGUUGGACCAUGAAGUAAAUAUAGAAGAUUUUCUGGGUUCAAGCACUCAAAAAGUCGAGGAAUUGAAUAGUCAAGUAAGGUUAUUGCAAACUCAACUUACAGGAGUACAGAAGAGACUGAGCUGUUGGAAUGAUCUGGAUCAAGUCAGCAAUGUAGAACAUCUUAGGCAGAUGGAAGACUUGCUAAGAGAAUCAGUUAACCGAAUACGUCUACACAAGGAAAAUUGUGGAAGACAACAACGAACAUCACUAGAAUGCACUAGUCAGUUUCAGAAUGGGAUUCCUUUACAUAUGAUAAUGAGCGGUGUGCAAGAAGCGCAAUCCCUAUCAUGGCUUCCAAACAAUGGCAAUCAACAUAUGAUAGUACCCAAUGAACCGAACUUCUUGCCACAUCUACAAUUUUUUUUUUCCCCUGGCAGAGAAGUGGGGUGCUCCUCAGAUGUCUCGCUUCCAGGUUAUUCUGGUUAUUUUAACACUGGCAAACAUACGGAGGUUGGCAAUAUGGUACAAGUUGAUAAUAUGGGUUCAGGAGGUGGCACCUUGGAUGAGUUAACUAGAACUGCAUGUUUAAGUGUACAACUUGGUGAGCAAUACAUAUACCCACUGUAUGGCAGUUCAAAUUUGCCGGAUGAUAAGAAAUUGAAGCCUGAGAUGGAGAUGAACUCACAAGCAAAUCUUCUAGAUUAUCAAGUUAAUAGCAGCUUUGAACUGUCUAGAUCGCUGUAUGAAAAUGGGCAGCAUACUUGGUUUUCUUCAUCCGGGCCUUGUGGUAUUGCCAUGUACAAUCAGAAUGCCUACCAGUGUAAUCAAAUUGACUUUCAUGGUUCACAUUAAACUUCAUCGCAAUGACAAGGAUGGUAGCCGAAAGAAACGCUGUGGUGCAUCGCCUUGGAAGAUUGGACUGUCCAUUUCUUUUAACAGAGUUACACCCAAAUUCUAGAUUUGAUUUAGAGAUUAAAUAAGAGCAAUGUAAAAGAUGUACAUGUGCUGAUUUGGUCAUUUUGGCUGCCCAAUAUCAUAGCUAUAUAUUUUCUACCUCAUAAGGCAGGGUCUCUGGUUCAUCUGUAAAUAAAAUUUGUGUGUUUUCUUAACAACUGUGUGACAACUAGGGAUGGUUUCUUAUAUUAGUUUUCAAUCAUUCAAGCCGUAAAUUGAACUGUUGUAGAUAAUCAAAGCAAUUACACAUGGAAUUUGAACAUCAAAGAGAAAGUAGAUGAUGUAAUCUGCAAGGUGAUUUUAAUAAUACCAUUUUAGCUCCCCUGUACAUGGAUACCUUUUCACAUUGAUGCCACUUGCCAGUCUCACUCAAAACCCACGCCCCUAUGGUUACAGAAUAAACGAAACAGAGGUUCUCAGAUCAAUAGAUCAUCAUCUCCAAUGAACUUAGUAGCCCCUCAGUGUCUGGACAAUGGUGU